GGGCGGAGAGCGCAGAGCCAGCGAGCAAGCGAGCGAGCGGGAGCCGGAACCCCGCGCCCCCAGCUCCACUCCGGUUCUCUCCGCGCCAGAGCCGGGCGCGCCAGGUAGGGUGAGCCGGCGGUGCCGCUGCCGCUGCCGAUCGUUUUGGCCCUUACCUUACGUCCCAGGGCCCCGCGGGCCCUCGAGUUGUGGGGCGUCCGCACUGGGGUGUCCAGACAACGUUCCUUGCGAGCUCCGGGAGGCGGGAAGACAGCCCCGGGCGUCCCGCCUUUCUUCUCCAGAAAACGCAAGCCCCGCAUCGCGCUCUCCCAUUCCUCCUGCUCCAACGUCCUCUGGUCCUUCUUUCUGUCUGUGCCUCCGUCUUUGUCUCAACCUCUCAGGCUUGCUCGCUCCCUGCCCAGAUUUUGUGGCCCAGGCCCCCGGCUGCCUGACUCCGGGUUUCUGUCCCCUUCCUGCCUCUGAGCUUCUAUCUGGGCCUCCCCUGUGGGAGGCUUGCGACUUGACCAGUUUUGGCCUCAGCCCCCAUCUGGGUCCCUGUCCCCAUCUGUGCUGGUCUUCCUCCCCGCUUCUCCCUCGCUUGCCUGGGUGAGCUGCUUCUUUCCUGAUCCCCAGAGGAACCCAGUGCCCCUGCCCUGGGGAGGGGCAAAAUGGAGAGGCCCAGUCUCCGUGGCCAGCACAUGGGGUCCCUGAGUUAGUUGCUGCCCUUCUUCAAACUCAGUUUCCUUUCCUGUUCUGAGGAAAGAGGUAUGUCUCUCUCCCAGCCUUUCCACGCCCGUGUGAUUGUGAGAGCCUUGUGGGGUGUGUGUGUGGGAAGGCAACUGGGGUACAAAUGAUAGGACGCAGUGGGGAAGAGACAGGGAGGGGGUCUCUGAGGGCCAUGGCUAGGGUGGGCAGGACCCUGAAGCUGAGGAUGGGGAGAUUGGAAAUGGUGACUUUCUCUGCUGGGUUGGGAGUGAAGAGAAAACAGAGGCACAAAGUCUCAAACAGCGUUCUACAUAGAGCUAGAGAGUCCCGCACUCUCACCCUCAGCACUGUUUGGAGACUCUGGCCCCCAACCCUGACACACACAUACACGAACAUCUGCUUGCCCUGUUGACUUAGGACCUUGAGCCACUUGGGUACCCUCCCUGAGGCCAGCCAUUCUACCUUGCUGUCUCAUUCCCAGGGCUUAGUGUCUCUAUUUCUUCCUCAGUCAGGAAACUGUGGGGAUGGCUUUUUAAGAACCACAGGCUAGGACCCUUGGGUGUUCACAUGGGCUCCAGUCUCCCCACGGGUUGGAGACUGUCCCUUAGAGACUGUCUUUUCCUCUUCCCUGGUGGGUCCUUAGACAGCAGUUCCUUCUCUCUGGAAAUUCAAGGCUCAGGAUGGGGACCUCUGAGUUUGUAACUCUGACAUAGUCUGUUCCAAAGGUAUUGACCUCGGGAUCCUGGGAGGUUUGUACUGUUCUUGGACACCCUUUAAUUUAUGGGGAGGGGUCAGCAUUGGCUAGGGUCUCCUGUCCUCUGCCUGGGACUUCACUGCUUGCAUCCCUCCCCACUGCUGAGUUUGGUAGGUGAAUAGGGCCCAUCUCUCACCCAGCUGAGGCCAGGGCUGAGAGACAGGCCCAGGGGAGUCCCAGGAGCUUCUCAACCUACUUAAUGACACCAUCCUGUCCCUGGUUCUUGAGUACCCAGGAAAGGGGCUUGUGGGGAGGCAGAGUCAGAAGGGGCAACUGCUCUCAGGCUCCACUUUUCCUGGUCUGUUUUUCUGUCUUUCUGUAUCUCUGCAGGAGCUGGGUCCCUUCGCAUCUCUCUUCUUGUCUGUCCUUUCCUGGUCCCUGUUUCCUCCUCUCUUUGCCUUCGCUGCUUCUAAUCUCAUCCCCUGGAGACCCAGGUCUGCUGGACCCAUCCAUCCCCUUUGGGGCCAUGGGAUCACUGCUUGGGCUCCUGGCACUGCUGCUGCUGUGGGGUGCUGUGGCUGAGGGCCCAGCCAAGAAGGUGCUGACCCUGGAGGGAGACUUGGUGCUGGGUGGGCUGUUCCCAGUGCACCAGAAGGGCGGCCCAGCAGAGGACUGUGGUCCUGUCAAUGAGCACCGUGGCAUCCAGCGCCUGGAGGCCAUGCUUUUUGCACUGGACCGCAUCAACCAUGACCCGCACCUGCUGCCUGGCGUGCGCCUGGGUGCGCACAUCCUCGACAGCUGUUCCAAGGACACACAUGCGCUGGAGCAGGCACUGGACUUUGUGCGUGCCUCACUCAGCCGUGGUGCUGAUGGCUCACGCCACAUCUGCCCCGACGGCUCUUACGCCACCCAUGGUGAUGCUCCCACUGCCAUCACUGGUGUUAUUGGCGGUUCCUACAGUGAUGUCUCCAUCCAGGUGGCCAACCUCUUGCGGCUAUUUCAGAUCCCGCAGAUCAGCUAUGCCUCCACCAGUGCCAAGCUGAGUGACAAGUCCCGCUAUGACUACUUUGCCCGCACAGUGCCCCCUGACUUCUUCCAAGCCAAGGCCAUGGCUGAGAUUCUCCGCUUCUUCAACUGGACCUAUGUGUCCACUGUGGCGUCUGAGGGCGACUAUGGCGAGACAGGCAUUGAGGCCUUUGAGCUAGAGGCUCGUGCCCGCAACAUCUGUGUGGCCACCUCGGAGAAAGUGGGCCGUGCCAUGAACCGUGCAGCCUUUGAGGGUGUGGUGCGAGCCCUGCUGCAGAAGCCCAGUGCCCGCGUGGCUGUCCUGUUCACCCGUUCUGAGGAUGCCCGGGAGCUGCUUGCUGCCAGCCAGCGUCUUAAUGCCAGCUUCACCUGGGUGGCCAGUGAUGGCUGGGGGGCCCUGGAGAGUGUGGUGGCAGGCAGUGAGGGGGCUGCUGAGGGUGCCAUCACCAUCGAGCUGGCCUCCUACCCCAUCAGUGACUUUGCCUCCUACUUCCAGAGCCUGGACCCUUGGAACAACAGCCGGAAUCCCUGGUUCCGUGAAUUCUGGGAGCAGAGGUUCCGCUGCAGCUUCCGGCAGCGAGACUGCGCAGUCCACUCUCUCCGGGCUGUGCCCUUUGAGCAGGAGUCUAAGAUCAUGUUUGUGGUCAAUGCAGUGUAUGCCAUGGCCCACGCGCUCCACAACAUGCACCGUGCCCUCUGCCCCAACACCACCCGGCUCUGUGACGCAAUGCGGCCAGUCAACGGGCGCCGCCUCUACAAGGACUUUGUGCUCAACGUCAAGUUUGAUGCCCCCUUUCGCCCAGCUGACACCCACAAUGAGGUCCGCUUUGACCGCUUUGGUGAUGGUAUUGGCCGCUACAACAUCUUCACCUAUCUGCGUGCAGGCAGUGGGCGCUAUCGCUACCAGAAGGUGGGCUACUGGGCAGAAGGCUUGACUCUGGACACCAGCCUCAUCCCAUGGGCCUCACCCUCAGCCGGCCCCCUGCCCGCCUCUCGCUGCAGUGAGCCCUGCCUCCGAAAUGAGGUGAAGAGUGUGCAGCCGGGCGAGGUCUGCUGCUGGCUCUGCAUCCCGUGCCAGCCCUAUGAGUACCGAUUGGACGAAUUCACCUGUGCCGACUGUGGCCUGGGCUACUGGCCCAAUGCCAGCCUGACUGGCUGCUUUGAACUUCCCCAGGAGUACAUCCGCUGGGGCGAUGCCUGGGCCGUGGGACCUGUCACCAUCGCCUGCCUGGGUGCUCUGGCCACCCUCUUUGUGCUGGGUGUCUUUGUGCGGCACAAUGCCACACCAGUGGUCAAGGCCUCGGGUCGGGAGCUCUGCUACAUCCUGCUGGGUGGUGUCUUCCUCUGCUACUGCAUGACCUUCAUCUUCAUUGCCAAGCCAUCCACGGCAGUGUGUACCUUACGGCGUCUUGGUUUGGGCACUGCCUUCUCUGUCUGCUACUCAGCCCUGCUCACCAAGACCAACCGCAUUGCACGCAUCUUCGGUGGGGCCCGGGAGGGUGCCCAGCGGCCACGCUUCAUCAGUCCUGCCUCACAGGUGGCCAUCUGCCUGGCGCUUAUCUCGGGCCAGCUGCUCAUUGUGAUCGCCUGGCUGGUGGUGGAGGCACCGGGCACAGGCAAGGAGACGGCCCCCGAACGGCGGGAGGUGGUGACACUGCGUUGCAACCACCGCGAUGCAAGUAUGUUGGGCUCGCUGGCCUACAACGUGCUCCUCAUCGCACUCUGCACGCUUUAUGCCUUCAAGACUCGCAAGUGCCCUGAAAACUUCAAUGAGGCCAAGUUCAUUGGCUUCACCAUGUACACCACCUGCAUCAUCUGGCUGGCAUUCCUGCCCAUCUUCUACGUCACCUCCAGUGACUACCGGGUACAGACCACCACCAUGUGCGUGUCGGUCAGCCUCAGCGGCUCCGUGGUGCUUGGCUGCCUCUUUGCGCCCAAGCUGCACAUCAUCCUCUUCCAGCCGCAGAAGAACGUGGUUAGCCACCGGGCGCCCACCAGCCGCUUUGGCAGUGCUGCUGCCAGGGCCAGCUCCAGCCUUGGUCAAGGGUCUGGCUCCCAGUUUGUCCCCACCGUUUGCAAUGGCCGUGAGGUGGUAGACUCGACAACAUCAUCACUUUGAAGACCCCAUACUCCCGCCCUGACACAGCUGCUCCUGGGAACCUAGUGCAGACCCACGUCCAGGGCCAGGAGGAAGUUGGCUGGAGCACUGCAAUAAUUUAUUGCCCACCCCAUGUCUGCCCCCAAAGUCACUUACCCACCUCCUUACCCCAACUCUUCAGACUCAGAAGUCAGGAGCCUUGGCCGGGAGCCUCUGCAGUGGCCACGAACUGCCCUUGUAGCUGUGUUUCAUCCUGGCCAGGCCCAGGGUUCGGAGAGGAGCAAGCCAGGGUCCAGUCUGUCCUGGACCGGGGUGGCAGAGGACGGCAGGCCCCAGUCCUAACCAGCAAAGGUGCUUCCAGCCCAGCCCCUCCCCCUAUCUAGGGCCUUUUUUAUUUUUUAUAUCAGUUACUCUGGGAUGGGGAGGGUGGUUAUUGUGGGGGCUGCCCCUCCCCCGCACAGUAGUUUGUCCUGUCGUUUAUUUUGUAUUACCUGUAAAUAAAGUGGCUUUAUUUUAAAAAAUCA